CCUUAAUUAAUUAUUUAUUCUAAUACAUUAUGAAGAAAUUGUCUUUUACAAAUUACAGGAUCAGGAGGAAUGUUAGGAGAAAUAACAAUGGUUCAGUUAUACAGUGUUGCUUUGACAGCUGGAAAAGCUCACAAAGAUCACAAACAUCAUCAUGCUCAUCAUUACGAACACGACACAACAAAUAACACCCCAAGGCCAACGACAAGACAACCAGUUACGGGACCACCCCUGCCACUUAAUCCAUUCUUAACUGCGGGUCAAAUUAAUCCUCAAGUGAAGAUUAAUCCAGGUGCACCGUUGCAAAUAGUUAGAAACGGAGUGAUCGUACGUCAUCCAGCAUUACCACCCCAAAGAGAAUCACCAGCCCAACCCUUUCCCCCAGCCAAUCUUGAAAAUCUUUCAACAAUUCUACCAUUUGUUUCGCCGUCGCCAUCCUUGCCAGUUACUUUGCCACAAGAUUCAGCAAGCGUUUAUGUCAAUAUUUUAGGCAGACCUACCAUAGCUUAUCAUGAACUUUUUAAAAGAGAGAAAAACCUAUCGAAGAGGGAAAAUCUUGAGGAUAAAAUCGAUGCAAUGGUUACGUCAUCGUCCACUUCACUUGACAACAGCGAUAACAAAGUGAAAUUUCUACCAAGGACCAGAGAAGAGGAAUCAGAAAAAGAAGGGAAAAUACAAUUAAAGGAGAAAAAAAAGAGAGGAAUAUUACAAUUGUCGGACGGUUUAUUGUUAGAUGACAAUUAUCCUGUCGCCCAAGGUUUAGACAAUAAUUAUUUAUCCGGUUUAGCCAAUUUCGAUCUUCAAUUGGUCAAACAAGAUAAUAAAGAUGACGAAAGAGAACCAGCCGAAGCUGAAGUUAAAAGGAUCAUGGAUAUUUGCGAUGGCUGUGCCGAAGAACCUUUUGAGAAAGCCCUCAUUAUGGGAUGGAGAUCUGUACCUAAAAAGGUUUACUCUGGGGCUUUUUAUUUACCUGCCGUGCAGGUUUGCAAAGCUUUUUAAACAUUUAUUUCCUUUCUUAAUUGUUUUCUUCGAAGAAAAUUCAAUAUUCGAAACCUCAACGACAGGGUAUCACCAAGCCUAUAAAUAUGGCUGAUAGAUAAUCUCAUCCCCAUCUUUAACGAUAGAUAAUUAUUUUCUAAACGUAAAUUAUUGAGAAAUUCUAAUGAAUUUUUUUUUCUGUUUUUUUUUUUUCAUUUCGAAGAUCACGUCGAAAAAUUCCAUUGUUUUUAUUUUGUUUUAUUUUCUUAUAGAUAAUUUGGAAAUACAGUAUUAUCUCGGUUAGAUAAUUAUUAUAUCAUUUUGUUGUUGUCGUUCUAUCAUAAUAAGGGACGAAAGUUUUUCAGACAAAUUUCAAAUAGGGUUAUUCACCACUUAAGUCCAUAGUACCUAAGUUUACAUUACGAGAUGAAAUUUUUGAUUAUAUCUUUUUUGUAAGAUAAGAAGAAAAAUUCUUCUCUUCGUGUAUAUAC